AUGAAGUUUACUAUUGCUGCUAUUGCCUCUGCUCUUCUCACCGUUGUAUCGGCUCAAGGCACCCCUGGUGUCCUUCAAGUCACUAACCCUACUCAAAACACCGAAUUCACUGCUGGCAGAGUAGCCAACAUUACCUGGCAAAAUCCCUCUGUUGAUAAGGUCCAAAUUGAAUUGGCCAAUGGAGACUCCAACAACCUCAACCAUCUUUAUGUGAUUGCCAAUGAUGUUGAUGCCAAGUCCGGUACUUAUGCCUGGCACAUUCCUGACAACACCACUGCUGGUACUUAUGCUCUCAUCUUUGGCACUUCUCCCAACGUUGCCUACUCUCCUCAAUUCAAGAUUGGCGCUGCUGGCUCUGGUGGUGAUGACCAACAACAAGAACAAGGUGGUGAUCAACAACAGCAAGGUGGUGGCGACCAACAGCAAGGUGGUGAUCAACAACAGCAAGGUGGCGACCAACAACAAGAAAAUGGUGAACAACAACAAGGCGAAGGAGAAGGAGGCCAAGCACCACAAGAAAAUGGCCAAGAAGAGGCAGGCGAAGGACAAGAAGAUAGUGUCCCAGCAGCAGCAUCAGGAGAAGCCGAAGGAGCAAAUGAAAAUGACAACCAAGUAACCGAAAACGAAAACUAA